GGCGCACAGCCGCACAGCGCUUUAGCUUAUUGAUAAGGCUCCUUGGAAGAAGAGGACCGCAAACUAUACUGUCUAUACGUGUCGUGGGUUCACUUAUAAUUUAACGUGGUGUGCUGGACUUUCGGGACACAAAUAUCACGGUUACAUGAGACAUUUGAGCGCGAACUAGGAAAGAGAAGACAAGUGGAUUUAUUUUUUUACGUUUGAUUUUUUUUUUGGGAUAUCGUUGGAAUACGUAUUUGAAAUAAGCUGUAUGUUUGUUUUCUUCCGUCUUCUGAGCUGUGCGCUGGAUCGCUUCAUCACGCUGCGGACGGACCUUCAUCUCAAGGAAAAUGUAACGCAAUUCUCUCUCCUCCGUGAUAUUUGUGGGAACAGUUGAAAUACUGAAGUUGGCCGUUCUCGCUCUUGAAGUUUCGGAAGACACCAACCCGAAGUAAAGCCGGAUCGGACAAGUUAGCUUCGAUAUUCCUUUUUAAUCAUUUAUCGAUAAAACAAAACAAAACAAACAAAACGAAACCCAUCAACACUGGGCUGUGGAGGAGAAAUUAAAUAAAAUCGGGUCUCGUUCAGUGACUGCGCACAAGUCGUCAAUUCUUGGAUAAGCUUCGCUGGAGAAAACCGGGGGAGUCUUGACUGUCCACACGCGCACGCACGCACUCACGCUCGCACAGACCAGCCGCUGUCCCCGCGCGCAGUGCUGAGCGGAGAGUCUCGCGCAGUGCUGAGCAGAGAGAGUCUCGCGCAUCCAUAAAUGCGCGGCACGUCGCGGAGGGUCGAGGCUGGGCAGCAAGAUGAGCUCGUGGGUACAGCUGCUCGCGUUGCUGGCGGCGUGUCUGCGGUCCGCGGCCGAGGGGGACCCUCUGCCUGCAGCCCUGGUGGAGCUGGUUAGGAGCAGCCCCAUCUCUUCCAUAGAAGAACUCCAGCUGCUGCUGCUCACUGACUCCGUAGGCGAGGAGGAGGAGGAGAGUUCACCAGCCAGCGGCGGAGGUCACCGACUACCAAGGAGCCUGGAUGCCCAGCCAGCCCAGCAGGCUCUGUGUAAAAUUCGCACAGAGGUGGUAGAGAUCACCAGGGCCAUGUUGGACCGCAGUAAUGCUAACUUCCUGCUAUGGCCGCCCUGUGUUGAAGUGCAGCGCUGCUCCGGCUGCUGCAACACCAAAAGUCUGCAUUGUGUCCCUGUGCUCACACACACCAGAUACCUGCAGGUGAUGAAGAUCCAAUAUAUCAACAAAAGACCAACCUAUGCAAAAGCUGUGGUGUCGGUGGUGGACCAUGUUGAGUGCCGCUGUCAGCUUGCCCCGCGGCCCCCUGUGGUCAAGAAGAAGACCCCUCGCAGACAGCAUGGCCACAACAAAGACCAGCAUCGAAACCAGACCUUCAGCCAGGGGCAAGGACAGGGCAAGGCCAUCUCCAAGGAGGAGCUCCAUCGUCACGAUGACCUGAAACAGAACCAGAACAUCCAUCUGGAGGAGCUGCUGGAGCAGCACUGGGGCCCCAGAGGAGAUACCUUCACCCAGCUGGGAGAAGGGUACAGUUUAGCAGGGGAGGACGUGUUGCGCUCUGGGGAGACAGCUGUCUAUGCCCCGCACUGGAUCCACAAUGCCACCAGACUCCUCAGCAGUGAAAAUCAGGGGGAUGUGGAGGAGACAAAGGAUGUGAAGAUCUCGGACGGCAAUAGGACUUCAGUUAAUGUCGCUGGAGCUGCCUUUGGUGUUGAGAACAAGGAGACUCGAGGUGGUGGUGGUGGACUGCCACUCAAUAUUACUGAUGGAGAGGUUAUAACAGAGGGCAGAAAGCUGGAAAGUCAAAGCUACGGUGAGAUAAAUGAGGACAGGGACCAUGGGACACAAAGACAAGACACUCAGACAGACAGACCCUCACGACGAGAAGAUCCAACCCAUAGAAAUGACCUCACUCAUCAUGGCACAAAGAGUCCGCAAACCACGUUCACUUCCACUGAGACGACCAAUCAGAGGGGCGUUGGUAGGCUUCGACCCACAAAAGAGCCCAAUCCAGACCCUCAAGUCCUGGGACGACGGAGAAACAAUGAGACUCCGGAGGAGGAGAGGAGGUUAAAAAUGGAGGAGAAGAAACUAGAGGAAGAGAGGAAGGAGCUUCUGCUUCUUCACAAGAGGCUGGACCAGGAGAAGGAGAUUCUGAAGCAGCAGCAACUGAGAAAAGAGGAGGAGAAGAGGAGGAAAGAGAAGGAGAGCCAGCAACAUCACCUGCAUCAUAAACAGCAUCAUCAUCUGCUUACAACACUGAAAACAGACACAACAACUCCAACUACAACACGACCACCAGUGGCCCCAUCAGGCCCCAGGUCCCCCACCCGUCGUAACCCACCAAAGAGGAGGAUGAGAAAAAACCGCAAACGAAUUAGCAAGGCAGCUAUGAGAGCAAUGCUAAUGUAGGACGGACAUCAACACAAGGACACAUGGUGGGCUCUUUGGUAAACGUCUGUGGAUACUCUGGAGUUGGGGCAAAGUGAUUCCUCUCGUAUUAAGUAUUUAUUCAGCCAUCAGUAAUCCGCCCGUCCCGUGAAGUCUCCCCGGUAACACUACUAACGGCUAUCUGGUGAACCUGUAACUACCCUUGGAUGUAAUGUGAAAAGAAGGAGAAGAAGAGGAGGCGAGGGGGGGUGCCAAUUAAACACAAAGUUGACCUGCUGCAGAGGGCAUUUUCUCCAGAACGACACAGUUUAUCAUACGGAUGAGGAUCUGGCUCCCCGAAAGUGACAAAUAGUUUGCCGCGAUAUCGAACCUGGAAACAUUACUUGGAAACUUGCUCGAUAUCAGUAGAGAUAAACUACGCUUUAAGCCUGGACGGACCAAGUCUCUGUAUGGUUUAGAAGCGGUCUAUUGCUGAAGGACUUGGAUGCUGCAGCAAAUUGCUGUUUCCUAUCAGACAGACUCAGCCAGACAACCAAGUGCAUGUGUGUGAGAACUGGGGACAGCUCCUCUGUAAAACUGAAGAAUGUUUUAUGUUGUUACGGGAUGAAGGUCAGGUAAAGACUAUAUGAGAAGUGGAUCCUAUUGUUGGCUAAAAUGGGCCAUAUCUCUUUCUGCAUGAUAGAAAUCCACGUUACUCCUCCUGAGCACAAAGUGAUGGUCGAUGAUGACCCCGUCGGUGAGAUAAAUCUGUGUAGAAGUGACCGUGUCCCACGUCCUGAUAUCAUCAGUAGUUAAUUAAAACAGUGUUGGUCUUUCUUUAAACAUAUUUAAUGCUAUUUAACUCAUCAAAAAAAAAAACACUGGAAUUCUACAGAUAUGAUAAGAGAACAAAUACACAGAUACACAGCUUGUUUCACACGCAGAUCGAGGGUGUGAAGACAAAGUGGAAGAUGCUAACAGUAUACUCGGGGGUUUUGCGUCAGACCUGCGAACCAGCUUUACCCUGUUUCUCCCCCCCCCCUAUUUAUUUGUCUCUAAGAUCCACUGUAGACCUGUGCAAACUUACUAUACAAACAACGUGUAUGAGUUGUGGUUGGGGAUGUCAACUUUUCACUGAAUCUGUCGCUGAUGCAUGGCUAGUGCAAACACACCAGAGGACAGGCUUAACAACAGAAGACGCUUUGAAAAGGGACGACCGUCAUCUGUCACAUACCAACACUUCCAGCAGAGAGGUGAUGACAAUGUAUAACUUUUAUGUCAGCAUAUGUGUGUCAUGUAAUGUGUUUUAAUUAUGCAGUGUUUUGUAUUUGUGUGUGUGUGUGUGUGUGUGUGUGUGUGUGUGUGUGUGUGUGUGUGUGUGUGUGUGUGCACAUGUGCACAUG